GCUGCCUUCCGCACCCUUGGGCUGAGGGUUCUAUAAAAGCUGAGCAGAACUUUCGUCAGUCCAGUUCACUGAGGGCUUGCCACAGGCCUGCUCAUCUUCUCCAGCGUGCCGUGCUCCUUGCUGCCUGAACCAUGAUCACGAAGGUCCUCAUCUUCUCCACCUGGUUCGUCCUGGCUGGGGCUUUCCACUUAGCACUCCAAGACAUUGACCAUCAUGCAGACAUUUUCAAGGACUCAGAGUUACUACCUGAACUAAAUUCAGCCAUUGACCCAGAAUCACCCACUGACCUGGACCUCGCUGAUGCUUUCGAGUCCCUCACUGACCUGGACCUUGAUGAUGCUUUCGUGUCCCUCACUGACCUGGACCUCCCUGGGCCUAUAGAGUUACCCCCUGACGUGAACCUCACUGACCAGGUCUUCGCUGAUGCUUUCGAGUCACCCACUGACCUGGACCUCCCUGGGCCUGUAGAGUCACCCAUUGACCUGUACCUCCCUGGGCCUGUAGAGUUACCCAUUGACCUGUACCUCCCUGGGCCUGUAGAGUUACCCCCUGACGUGAACCUCACUGACCAGGUCUUCGCUGAUGCUUUCGAGUCACCCACUGACCUGGACCUCCCUGGGCCUGUAGAGUCACCCAUUGACCUGGACCUCCCUGGGCCUGUAGAAUCACCCACUGAUCUGGCCCUCCCUGGGUCUGGAGAGUCACCCACUGACCUGGACCUCACUGGGGCUGUAGAGUCGACCAUUGGUGUUUAUUUGGACACUAUACAGGCUUUGGAUGAGUCCAGCACCUCCAUGGAAAGCAAUGAGUUCACCUCAGGGCUUGUUUCAACUGUCCCUGGUGAUUAUUUUGAAGAGCCCAUAACUGGCACAUCAGAUGAGCCCAGCACCUCCAUGGAAAACAAUGAGUUCACCUCAGAGCAUGUUUAAAAGGAAGCAGAUUCUCCAUCGGCUGCCAUCUUGACUCUCCUAAUCCCAAUUCUCUACACGAGCCCACGGCAUAAACCCACUAUUCCAUUAUAGGAGCUUGAAUAAUCGGAAAAGACUCGUGAGCCUUGGUGUAUACCCAGCUGAGGAUGAACACAGUGGAAUUGUCCACAGACAGAGGAUGUGCACAUUUCUGCAUCAUGCCCAUUUAAUAUGAGGUCAAUAAAUGUUCAUGAGAUAACAGACUACUUGGUUGUUCUGUGUUUGUACCAAU